GCGCAGCCAGAGCAGGCCUCGGAGAGCGCCAGCAGCGCGUGGCGAUCACGGUGAUGAAGAGCAAUGGUGGCCGCCCCGUGGGCUACCCAGAAGCAGGAGGAGGGCCGAGGGAUCCAGCCCGGGGGCCGGGGUAUCAGUCCCGACAGUCCCCUCCCGCCUCUACUCCCAGCCUCAGGGCACGAAGCCGCCGCGCCUUCUGGCAGGCGCCGCUCCCCUCCCGGCCCCCGCGCGGGGCCUCCCGUCCCCGGCUCCCCCUCGGCAGGGCCUGGCGGACGUGCGCCGCGUCGCACCCGGCGGCCGGACGGGACAGGACGCGCCCGCCCCGCCCCGCCACCGAGGCCCGCGGGAGAGGGGGAGGGGAGGAAGUGGCGAGGCGUGUUUGUCGGGCUUGGAGUUAUCAAUUUUUAAAUGGUGAACUUACAAAAUAGUAACGACGAGUAAAAAGAACUUCAUAAACGAGGAAAAAGACCAACCCGCAGACCCACGGCGCGCACCAUGGAGGGGCUUCCAGCGAGAAGACCGGGACCUCCGUUCCCAAGUGCCCAGCACUGCGCCACAGGCCGGGUGGAACGGGCCUUGAGGGCCUCUGGCUUGAGGUCCCCACGGUCGGGCUUUGGGCCCACCGCGUGCGGCGCCGUGCUGGGCUCCUAGGAUCGGCAGCGAGUCCAGUGACCCCCACCGCACCCCCAGUAAUCACAGGGCGGCCGGCGACCGCGGGCAAGGGAGGGGGUCAGGGAAGGCCCCUGGAGAAGGUGGCAUUUCCUCGAGGUCGGUGGAAUUUGGCUACGCGAAGGGAACAGCGCGUUCCAGGCGGAGGGAACAGCGCGUACGAAAACUUCUUCAGGCGGGAACGCGCGGUGGCCCGUGCGCGGCGAGUGGACGUGCGGGGCCCCGGGUGGGGCCGUGGGGAGAGGUCGGCAGGGGGCUUUCCCAGGGCAGGGAGUUGGAAUUUCACGCCCUACAGACCGGGGGCAUCUCGCCCUGGGGCUGCGGGGGGCGGCGACCGUCCCAUUCAAAAGCGUGAUUCUGAGGUUUGCAAGCUGUUUCGGGCCAGCAGAGCCUUCGCUGGCUCAUGACGUUCUUGCGAGGUGAUCUCUGCGACCACCAGACAGGAGAGAAGACUCAUUUUACAGAUAAGGUAGCGCUAUCUCCAAGUUCUCAACGAAGAAAACAAGAAGCCUCUAGUCCCGGGUCCUCAGAAAACGCAGAGGUGGAGCCGCGCCGCACUCGGGCACUCCCCGGCGUGGGCGCUCCGGGCGGGCGGGCCUUGGCCCAGGGCGCUCGGCGGCCUGGAACGGUGAGCCGGGUGCUGGGCCUGCCACGCAGCCGCAGAGGCUCAGGCCCGCCGGCGGGCGGCAGGAAGGGAGGCGACGCCCCCUGGAGCGCGGCAGGAACCCGGCCCGGCCCGCCUCCCAGUCCGCCUAGCCGCGCGGGUCCCAGAAGUGGCGAAAGCCGCAGCCGCGUCCAGGUCACGCCGAAGCCGUUGCCCUUUUAAGGGGGAGCCUUGAAACCGCGCCUGGGUUCCAUGUUUGCAUCCGCCUCGCGGGGAGGAAACUCCAUGUUGUAACAAAGUUUCCUCCGCGCCCCCUCCCUCCCCCUCCCCCCUAGAACCUGGCUCCCCUCCCCUCCGAAGCUUGCGGGGAUCCCUCCCUCCCACCCCUCCCCUCCCCCCCGCGCCCCGAUUCCGGCCCCCGCCGGGGGGGAGGCCGGGCGCCCGGGCCAGAGUCCGGCCGGAGCGGAGCGCGCCCGGCCCCAUGGACAGCUCGGCCGUCAUUACUCAGAUCAGCAAGGAAGAGGCUCGGGGCCCGCUGCGGGGCAAAGGUGACCAGAAGUCAGCAGCUUCCCAGAAGCCCCGAAGCCGGGGCAUCCUCCACUCACUCUUCUGCUGUGUCUGCCGGGAUGAUGGGGAGGCCCUGCCUGCUCACAGCGGGGCGCCCCUGCUUGUGGAGGAGAAUGGCGCCAUCCCCAAGCAGACCCCAGUCCAAUACCUGCUCCCUGAGGCCAAGGCCCAGGACUCAGACAAGAUCUGUGUGGUCAUCGACCUGGACGAGACCCUGGUGCACAGCUCCUUCAAGCCAGUGAACAACGCGGACUUCAUCAUCCCUGUGGAGAUUGAUGGGGUGGUCCACCAGGUCUACGUGUUGAAGCGGCCUCACGUGGAUGAGUUCCUGCAGCGAAUGGGCGAGCUCUUUGAAUGUGUGCUGUUCACUGCUAGCCUCGCCAAGUACGCAGACCCAGUAGCUGACCUGCUGGACAAAUGGGGGGCCUUCCGGGCCCGGCUGUUUCGAGAGUCCUGUGUCUUCCACCGGGGAAACUACGUGAAGGACCUGAGCCGGUUGGGCCGAGACCUGCGGCGGGUGCUCAUCCUGGACAACUCGCCCGCCUCCUAUGUCUUCCAUCCAGACAAUGCUGUGAGUGCGGGCUGGACUGGGACUGGGACAGGAACUGAGACCCAGGAAGGGGUCAGUCCAUUCAGGCCACCUUGGCCUCCUGGAUCCCCAGUUGGGGGUGGGUGCCCUCCCAGUCCUUCCUGCAUUCGGUUGCCUGUGCCUGCCGCCCACUCCCCUCGUUCACCUGCCCUGCGGCCGUGUGGUCUUUUCCCCUCGCACACAGCAGAGCGUCUGCCAUGCGCCCCCACGGGGCAACGGAGUUUGGAAAGUUUCAACUUUUCGAAUUGCCAGUUGUGACGUACUGAUGGCCCACAGAAUUAAUUUAGUGGGUUCUGAUUGGGAAUUUUAACAAAAUGAAAUAGAAUAGAAAAUACCCGGUCGGGUGUGGUGGCUCAUGCCUGUAAUCCCAGCACUUUGGGAAGCUGAGGUGGGCAGGUAGCUGAGCCCAGUAGUUCAAGACCAGCCUUGGCAACAUGGUGAAACCUUAUGUCUACAAAAAAUACAAAAACUAGCCAGGCGUGGUGGUGUAUGCCUGGAGUCCCAGCUAUGCAGAAGGCUGAGGUAGGAGUAUCACUUGAGCCCUGGAGGCAGAGGCUGUGGUGAGCCAAGAUUGUGCCAUUGCACUCUAGCCUGGGCAACAGAGCAAGACCCUGCCUCAAAAAAAAAAAAAGUAUCCGAGUGCUUUGCACAGGUAAGGUUAAGAAUCGCGAAGCUUUUGCAUUGUUACGUUAUAAAUGUGUUUUCCUGGGGGUUGCUGUCAAAAAAGUUUGAACACUGUGGGUGAGGGGUUUUCAGAAACUGCAUGAUCUGGGUAGUGGCUACAUAGGGCUGGCCUGGAAAUUCUGCACCCAGGACCACCUACCCCCCUCAUCUUCCUACACCCACUUCCCCAGGUACCGGUGGCCUCGUGGUUUGACAACAUGAGUGACACAGAGCUCCACGACCUCCUCCCCUUCUUCGAGCAACUCAGCCGCGUGGACGACGUGUACUCAGUGCUCAGGCAGCCACGGCCAGGGAGCUAGUGAGGGUGAUGGGGCCAGGACCUGCCCCUGACCAAUGACACCCACACCUCCUCCCAGGAAGACCGCCCAGGCCUUUGUUAGGAAAACCCAUGGGCCACCACCACACUCAGUGCCAUGGGGAAGCGGGCGUCUCCCCCACAAGCCCCACCAGGCGGUGUAGGGGCAGCAGGCUGCACUGAGGACCGUGAGCUCCAGGCCCCGUGUCAGUGCCUUCAAACCUCCUCCCCCAUUCUCAGGGGACCUGGGGGGCCCUGCCUGCUGCUCCCUUUUUCUAUCUCUGUCCAUGCUGCCAUGUUUCUCUGCUGCCAAAUUGGGCCCCUUGGCCCCUUCCGGUUCUGCUUCCUGGGGGCAGGGUUCCCGCCUUGGACCCCCAGUCUGGGAACGGUGGACAUCAAGUGCCUUGCAUAGAGCCCCCUCUUCCCCGCCCAGCUUUCCCAGGGGCACAGCUCUAGGCUGGGAGGGGAGAACCAGCCCCUCCCCCUGCCCCACCUCCUCCCUUGGGACUGAGAGGGCCCCUACCAACCUCUGCCUGUGCCUUGGAGGGAGGGGAGGUCUGUUACCACUGGGGAAGGCAGCAGGAGUCUGUCCAGGCCCCACAGUGCAGCUUCUCCAGGGCUGACAGCUGAGGGCUGCUGCCUGCAUCAUCCAAGCAAUGACCUCAGACUUCUGCCUUAACCAGCCCUGGGGCUUGGCUCCCCCAGCUCUGAGUGUGGGGGCAUAGGCAAGACCCCCCUUGUGGUGCCAUAUAAAUAUGUACAUGUGUAUAUAGAUUUUUAGGGGAAGGAGAGUGGGAAGGGUCAGGGUAGAGACACCCCCCCUCCCUUGCCCCUUUCCUGGGCCCAGAAGUUGGGGGGAGGGAGGGAAAGGAUUUUUACAUUUUUUAAACUACUAUUUUCUGAAUGGAACAACCUGGGCCAAGGGGCCCCAGGCCCUGUCCUCUGUCCCUCACACCCCUUUGCUCCGUUCAUUCAUUCAAAAAAACAUUUCUUGAGCACCUUCUGUGCCCAGCAUAUGCUAGGCCCACCAGCUAAGUGUGUUAGGCGGGUCUCUACGCCAGCUCAUCAGUGCCUCCUUGCCCACCAGACUUCACCGGUGCCUUUGGGGGAUCUGUAGGAGGUGGGACCUUUUGUGGGGUUUGGGGAUCUCCAGGAAGCCCGACCAAGCUGUCCCCUUCCCCUGUGCCAACCCAUCCCCUACAGCCCCCUGCCUGAUCCCCUGCUGGCUGGGGGCAGCUCCCAGGAUAUCCUGCCUUCCAACUCUUUCUGAAGCCCUCCUCCUAACAUGGCGAUUCCGGAAGUCAAGGCCUUGGGCUCUCCCCAGGGUCUAACGGUUAAGGGGACCCACAUAUCAGUGCCAAGGGGGGGUGUCAAGUGGCGAUGUCGUUGUGCUCCCCUCCCCCAGAGCGGGUGGGGGGGGGCGAAUAUGGUUGGCCUGCAUCAGGUGGCCUUCCCAUUUAAGUGCCUUCUGUGACUGAGAGCCCCAGUGUGAUGAGAACUAAAGAGAAAGCCAGACCCCCA